UGAAAUGGAGCAGUUUCCUCGCUGCCUCUCUGUUUAGCCAGUUUCCAUCCCCACGGAUUGCUAAAACACUUUGCUGCAUUCCCUUUGCAAGCCUAUUAUUACUCGAAGCCUGGAGGCUUCAGACGCAAGAGUGCUGUUUCAGAAAGCUCCAAACUGCCCGUGAAGCACCACUCUGGAAUUUUCCCUGAGGGAUGACUUGGGAAAAGAAUCAUCACCGCCAUGAACCGGUUAAACAGGAAGGAAAGCUCCUGAGGGAAGAGUUACGCCUCCUUGAUAGUGAAAGCACAUAGGGCAGCUGAAAGUGUCUGUGAGCAGCAAGGCACAGGAGGCUGUACAUCCUUCUAACAAGUUGUGUUUCAGGUAGCUCCAGGUCCAAACAUUGCUCUCUUGACCUUGGAACUCUGAGACUUUCCUGAGGACCAAAAGGACUGAAGUGAUCAGCCAUGGCACACUUUGGGAGGGUGCCCUUCUCACACAGUGAGUUCUGUGAAGGACAGCCUGGGGACCAGGCAUCUUCCCCAAUGUACCAUUUUGGUUCUGAUGGAGACAUCCCUCUAGGAUUCGAUCGAAUUGUUGAUGAAGUCAGCAAUGAAUUUUUUUUUUAUGGCUCAUCUCAUCCACAUCACCACGAAGAAAUGUUUUUCCCGUCAGACCUUUUCAAUCGCACUGUGCCUGACCAGCAUCUUCAUGGUCAGCCUCUCGUUGCUUAUGGAGAACUUUACCCUGGAAAUCCAGUUUCUCACUGGCAGCAAGGCACCGUGCCACCCAUGGUUGGCUUCAGAUCUUCUUUGCUACCUGAUUGCAGAAACUUCUCUGUGGUGGAUUCCCACCCCUACAAAGUUCUCGAGAGAGAACUCCAUGGAAGGAAUAGUGUAAAUUCAGUUUCAAAUGUAGGAACAGGCAACAUAAAUCUGGGGUUUCAGAUAGGCUUUGACAAUCUGGAUGCUCCAAGUCCUGUUUUCUUAGACAAUUAUCCAUUUGGACAAAAAGUGAGAGAAGAAGGUGGAAAUGGGGAAGCUUUUUUAACCAACACCUCCAGAAGAUGCAGCAUAGGACCUGCCCAGCCCCAGGGCUCUGGACAUGACAGAGAGGCUGCACGUUGGUCUAUCCAGCUGAUUGAAGCAAAUCAAGGAAGUAAUGAGAACACAGUUGGUUUUUGCAACGCUGUGGAGAAAAUCAGGAAUGCCUAUCCCGCUUUUGAUUUGAAGACUAAUACUGGCAAAAUCUGGAGUAUCGCAACAAGGUUCCCAGAGCAUAUCCUUGGUGGAACAAAAUUCAGGAUCAGCGUUUGGACAGAUUUUUCACCACAUCCUCUGCUUCUUUCUCAGCAUGCUGGCUGUAUCACUCACGACUUAAUUGUGGAGAUCCUCCACCACACAAAUCAAUACCCAGCCCAGGAGGAAUUCCUUCUGAGUGUUUAUGGGUCUGAUGAAUUCUUACAAAACAAUUGUACUUUGGGAAGCCAUGAGAGUCUUCGCAAGGCAACCACCUGCAUUCAGCUUCGACUACACCACGCUGAGAAUUUGAAGCCAGGUUUGGCUCGAACAUGUGAGGAUGACCAAAGAAGGUUCUGUGUGAACGAGCUGUUAGAAGACAGUUGUGCCUGGAGACUGACUCGGCAGAACCUUGUCUCUGUUAUUAUGAACUACAGAGGUCAAGUGGAAUAUCUGCUGCAAAAUGAGAAUAAAGUUGGUGACAUGAUUGAAGCAGCUAAAGCCAUCUGCAGUGUCCUCUGCUUUGUGGAAACCAGAGACAUUACUGAUGCAGUCAGGAAACUCCGUGCAUUGGUGAAAGCACAGAAUUCUCUUCAAAGUGUGGAAACACCAGGCAAAGUGUUAAUAGAGGCUGCUGUGACUGAGCUCUCCAUGGCCAUCUCUCAUCUCAUCCAUGUCUACAGCAGCAGCUUUGAUGCAAAUUUCCAGCUUGCCAGCAUACCUAAAAGCCCUUUAUGUGCAGACAUCAGCCUAAAUUCCCAGCUGAGCUUCACUGUUUAUGCUGCCCAUAACAUCCCAGAAGCCUGGGUGACCAGCUACAAAGUUUUCUCUUUUUCCUGUUCACUAACUUAUGCUGGGAAGACAAUUUGUCAAGUGAAGAUUUGCAAAAAUACUCCGGUUAAAAGAUCCUUCUUUUUCCUGGCUGACUGGAAUGAGAAGGUCAACUUCCCUCUGCGAAUAAAGGCUCUUCCGAGGGAAACUAUGCUGACAAUAAAACUACUGGGAGUAAACAGCACCUCUAAAAAUACAGAAGUGCUUGCUUGGACAUGCUCCCCAUUGUAUGAAAAAGAGAGGCUCGCCCACGGAACUGUGCUGCUCAGCAUGGCACUGUACAGCACGCUCCCCACAACAAUGAUCACCCCAGGCAUCUGCAGCACUGAGAUACCAACCUCAGUCACCCUGCAGAUCGACUUCCCAGAAACUGAUUUGGAGUUCAUUAAACCUGAACCUGAAGAAAGAAGAGGUGAUCUUGUAGAGCCAACCCAGGAGUGCCUGAAGCACAUUGCAAGACUUUCACAGAUACGUUCUCUCUUGCUACUCUCAGAGCAACAGAGAAGAAUUUUAUGGUUUUAUCGCUACUCCUGCAAUAAUCAAAACUGCUCCCUUCCUCUGGUGCUGGGCAGUGCACCCAGCUGGGAUCGAACCACAGUGUCAGAAAUGUAUGCCUUGCUCAGGAGCUGGAAAUUUUCUAACCCUCUAGAGGCACUUGGGCUGCUGACUUUCAGGCAACUCUCAAGGCAGCCAAAUGAUAACAUGCUCAUUUAUGCAGUGGAAAGGAAGAACUUUCAUAAAUGGAAAACACGAUCACGUUUUCCAGAUCAAGAUAUUCGCAGGGCAGCAGUCCAACAAAUAGAAAAUGUGUCAAAUGAUGAAUUGUUAGAAUACCUCCCACAGCUGGUUCAGGUGCUCAAGUUUGAGUGGAGUCUCGAAAGCCCUCUGGUGAAACUCCUGCUGAAUCGUUCUCUUCAGAGCAUCCAAGUCGCCCAUCAGCUUUACUGGCUGUUGAAGAAUGCACAGAAUGAAGUUCAUUUCAGAAUGUGGUAUAAGAAACUACUGGCUGCUCUCCAAUUCUGUGCUGGACAAGCCCUGAACAAUGAGUUUUCUAAGGAAGAAAAGCUCGUCAGAAUUCUGGAAGACAUUGCCACAAAAGUGAAAGCUGCCAGUGAUCCAAAAAGAAAGGAGGUGUUAAACGUGGAGCUCAGCAGCCUCCAGAAGUUCUUCCAGGAGGUGAAGGUCUGCCAUCUCCCCCUGAACCCCGCGCUUGUUGUCCAAGGCAUAGAGGCAGAUUCGUGUUCUUAUUUUACAUCCAAUGCUUUUCCAUUAAAAAUCUCCUUCAUCAAUGUGAAUGCUCCAAGUGGAAACAUCAAUGUUAUUUUUAAGAUAGGUGAUGAUCUACGUCAAGAUAUGUUGGUUCUGCAAAUUAUUCGAGUGAUAGACAGCAUUUGGCUCCAAGAAGGACUGGAUAUGCAAAUGAUCAUUUAUAGGUGUUUAUCUACAGGGAAAGGACAAGGACUGGUGCAGAUGGUGCCAGAUGCUACCACACUAGCGAAGAUCCACAGGGAGUCUGGACUGAUAGGACCACUGAAAGAAAACACAAUUAAGAAAUGGUUUCACCAUCACCAUCCUCUUGAAUCAAGUUACCAAGAGGCAGUAAGGAAUUUCUUUUACUCCUGUGCUGGCUGGUGUGUUGUUACCUUCAUCCUGGGAGUCUGUGAUCGACACAGUGACAACAUAAUGCUGACAAAAGCUGGACACAUGUUCCACAUAGAUUUUGGAAAAUUUUUGGGUCAUGCACAGAUGUUUGGAAGCAUAAGAAGGGACCGAGCUCCCUUCAUAUUCACAUCAGAGAUGGAGUAUUUCAUAACAGAGGGUGGAAAAAACCCACAGCGUUUUCACGAGUUUGUGGAGCUUUGUUGUCGAGCUUAUAAUAUUGUCAGGAAACACAGCCAGCUACUCCUGAACCUGAUAGAGAUGAUGCUGCAUGCAGGAUUGCCUGAGCUAAACAGCAUCCAGGAUCUGAAAUAUGUGUACGAUAACCUUCGUCCUCAGGACUCAGAUCUCCAGGCUACAAGCUACUUUACAAGGAAAAUAAAGGAAAGUUUGGAGUGCUUUCCUGUCAAACUCAAUAACUUGAUCCACACGCUUGUACAGAUGUCAGUGGGGAGCUCUGCAAAGCCUUCAGCUCCAGAGACUGUCCCUCAGGAAUGGAUGAUGCUGGACACAGAGAGGUCAAUCGCAAGGGCCACCAUUUUGGGAUUCUGCAAAAAGCCUGACUCUCUCUAUCUCAUCCAGGUGGUGCAAACCUGCAAUGUGGUCACCUUCGUGGAAAAAUCAUUCGAACAGUUCUCCAAACUUCACAGCCAUCUCCAGAAGCAAUUCCCAUCUCAUGCCCUCCCAGAGUUUCCCCAUUCAUGGCAUUUACCUUUUACGGAUCUUGAACACAAAAGAGUGAAGGAUUUGAAUCUCUAUCUGAAGCAGCUAUUAAGUGGCUCCAGGAAACUGGCUAAUAAUGAGCUAGUACUCAGCUUCUUCCUCAAUUGGUCCAAAAAUACCUUGACAGAAGAUUCAUCAUCUCUGACCUUAGGUCCUCAGUCAACUGGCCACAUGCCUGGAGUACAAUUGGUCAUAUCCUACGAGAACACCCGUCUGACAAUAAUGCUGAAACACAUGAGGAACAUUCGCCUCCCAGAUGGCUCUGCCCCAAGUGCACACGCUGAAUUUUAUCUUCUGCCAGAUCCUUAUGAGGUCAGUCGAAGGAAAACAAGAACAGCUCCAAAAGGCUCUGACCCUACUUACAAUGAACUUAUUGUAUAUGACAAAGUCACAGAGCUCCAAGGCCGUGUACUGAAGCUUGUUGUGAAAAGCAAAGGAACAUUUGUGGGAGCUGUUAACAUUCAACUGAGCAGUGUCCGGUUAAAUGAAGAAAAGUGGUACCCACUGGGAAACAGUGUAAUUUAAAUAUUCUCCAAGAUGAUUCAAUUAUUUGCCCACUAAUGUUUCUUUACCCCAUUUCCCACGCUACAUUUUGUCUCAGUUGCCCUUGAGAAUAGGCAGUCAUCUGCUGAGCACAUAUCUUCACAUCUCUAACCAUAAGGCUAUUGUCUUAAAAGUGCUACCGUCUUCCUGCCACAGAUUCCUGACAGUGAGUGUCUAAGGAAUCACAUGCCAAAGACUUGCAGCAACAUGCAGAAAGUUCUUAUGACAGCAAUGAAGGGCUUGGUUUUGUUAAUAUUAAAUAGUACUGUAAAAAUACUGAAUUCUGUACACAUCAGUGUGUGGGGCCUCAUUCUUUGCCCAUUAAUUCCCCUGACUGUGUUGAAACAAUGCUGAUAAUGGUGUAAUUUAUCAUCACUGCAUGUGAUGAGUUCACCAGAAAACCAUGGGAUGGUUCCCUGCCGAUAUAUUUCAGAUGUCCAGCAAAUUUCACAUUGAAUCUUACCCAAUCAAUACUUUUUUUUUUUAAAUCACUUUAAAAGUUUUGAUACUAUGUAACAUUUAAUCCAAGAUAUUGAUUUGUCAAUAAGAUAUGUCAUUGUUUCUUUUAUUCUGACAUCCAAGAGCCAGAUAUAGCUGGUCAUUUGUGUGCAGAGAGGAGGGAAAAGCUAAUGUUCAUGAAUAAAGAGAACAUACUGAAUGUGGGCUUUCAGUGGGGGAUUUAUUUAAGGUCAUGAUACCACAGAUAUUUGUUCAGAAGUCUUCCCACAUUGCAGUCCUAUGCUGCGUAAGGGUUUCAAGUCAAUACAUGCAUUGAAUAGACCUCAGGGCUAUAAAGUAUGUGUUUAUAUAUUAAAUAAUGAGUGGUUCCUUUGAGUUCAAAGAUGUUAAUUAUGGGCUCUGUUUUUCUCUAAUUUGAGGAAGCACUUAAGCACGUCUUUAAACAUUUGGCAUGUGAGCAGCCACAAUGAAUUGUCCAUUAUUGCCAGACUCUUGCACACACCCAUUGACCAUGUAUAUAAACCUUCCCAGGACCAGGGGCACAUUUUUCAGGCACAGGAGAUGUGUUGAUUUGAGUGUGAUCUGAUCUGCUGCAAAUUUUAAGUUACCAUACAGUGGGCAGAUCUGACAUUUAUCCUACCAGGUGGAAAAAUCAUCAACAGAGGGAUAAUAAUCCCAGAAGUGAAGAUAAUUGCCUUCUUCUCCCAAAGGACCCUCACAAAUCAGUCUUCAGAAUAUAAAGGUAUAUAAAGCUCCUGAAGUGGGACUAGGAGUGUUAGUUAGGAAAUUAAAUAAGCUGGAGUUUUUCUCAACAUCAAACCAAUGGCCUUGAUCAGGUUUCAUCUGAGAAUAUUUUCCCCAGUCAAACUGGUGUAUUAAGCUCCUCCCCAGUAAGAGGAUGUGAGGGGAACUCUGUUUGAAUAUUAAUAUUAUUAGUCCAUCCAGAGCUGUAAGAAACUGCAAAAUAUUUACCCCAUGCAAGGGAUAUUGUCUGGCACACAGAAUAUUAUCACUACAAAGAUCAGGACGCCGAACAUUUUAUACUACAGGCUCUCCUGGGAAAGGAAUCAAGUGCCUUGUCAUUCAAGCACAGAAAACACAUUGAGACCAGCUUACAAAGUUAUCAAAUUACCUGACCUUGCAGCUCAAUAAUGAUUUUAGAUUCUUCUUAGUCUGCUGUCUCAGUUUCCUUAUUAAAACAAUAAUGCAAUUUUUUAAUAGUGUUAUUUCUGUGACAUUUUCUAACCCUUAUUUACCACAUGUCCGGAUUUUCCAUCUUAGAGCAACAUGAAAUGAAACAGCAUUUGAAUAGCAAUAAAUAAAAAGAGCAUUAUAAUA